UAAUAUAAGAGAGGCAGCCAUAGAGGGAGAGGUGACAGAGUAGAUUAUCCUCCUCUCCUCUCCUCCUCUCUGCCAGCCUCAUCAUGUUCAUGCUGCAGAUGUUGACUGUUAUCUCUCUGACUGUUAUUCUCCUAGCAUCUGUGGAAGGUAAAGGCGUGCAGAUGCAAAGGGAUGUCCAGUGCUGCAUGUUGUACUCCCAGGGCAAGGUGCGUACCAAAGAUGUGUUGCGGUUUGAGGUGCAGACGGAGGGGCCCGAUUGCAGUAUACAAGCCAUCAUUCUUUACACGAAGAAGGCAGUAAAAUGCGCAGACCCCAGAGACCGCAAGGUGAAGAGGUUGCUGAGAAAGCUCAUGAGACAGAGAAGAAAGGACCACCGAACCAUGUGGCUCCUUCCUCAUGACAACCUGCCCGUCAUGUCAGAGGACAAAAAAGAUAAUUGGGCAGUUCUUAAUGUGGAGUGAUGGAGCGCCAUCAAAUAUGGAGGAAAUCUCAUAGUCACAAGCCAAGUAAACUUUCAGCAGCUUGUCAUCUUUUCACGGCGAAGUUUGCUGACUCUCCAGUCGUCUCGUGUCUCUCUCUAUCUACACUAUCUGUCUCCCUGGGACCUGACCUGGGCAGCAAUACAUAUUUAAAUGGCUUUAGAUAUUUAAACAUGAACUGUGCUUGAAAUAUGCCCAAACACGUGGCUGGAAAGGUAUCAACAGAGGAGUAUUUACUUGUAAGAUAAGUUGAGUUGAGUUUUUUUUUUUUUUUAAAUGGCUCAUACUGUUAUUUGCCAGAGUCUGCCUGGAAGUGUCUCCCUCUACAACAUUACUACUCUGAUGUGAAAUCAGUGAAAAAGAGGUAAUUAAACAAACGAUAAACGAGCAUUGAUAUUAAUAUUGUAUAUCAGCAAGAUACUCUAUGCUUAUUUGUGACUUGUAUACCUUCAGUGAUGUGUAAUGACACUUCACACAGUGUAGGCUUUGACCUGAUAUAUUUGACUGUUAGACGGGUGAAAUCACAGCGGGAUCAGAGAGAUUUCACCUGGAUACAACUUCCUAUGUCACAUAAAGAGCAAAUGUUCCUGAUAUUUUGUCCACUCUGUAUAUUGACUGUUUGUAAUCUCAGUAUGAAAUCAAUCUUUUAAAAUGAGGCCCUCAGGCAUCUACCAGAGAUUUAAAUAUCUACGCAUUUGCAGUUUACAUUUAUCUUUUUCACCAAUAGUCCGUCACUAAACUAUGCCAAAGUAUUCAUGAUUCAAUUCACCACAUGGCAAGGCUGUUACAACUUAGAGGGCUCAAUUGUGUGGCAAACACACAAGUAUUGUAUUGUAGAAGAAUGCACUGUAUGUUAAAACACAGUAUCUCAAGUGAACUAUUUUAUAAAUUAAUC